UGGGAGAGGACCCGCAACUUUUGCAGAAGGGGGAGUGUGAUCCAGCGACAUCUCUGGGUCCGGGCGGCUGCUGUGGCUGCCGCUGCUGCUGCAGGGGGAGGGGAAAGAGCCGGAGCGAGUCCCGCCGCUGCCGCUGCUGGAAGAGGCACCAGCAGCGCGCGAGCAGGAGGGGAGGAACGAAAGGCGCUUGCCGCUUGCACACCGCGCUUCACCUUGCAGCCGCUCGCCGAGGUGUGCAAGCAGCCGGUGGGAGCAAAGGAAAAGAAGAAGAAGAAAAGACAAAAAAAAAUUAAAGGCUACCAAGAAACUCAAGCGAAGCAGUCAACCCCCACCAUGGUCCAGCAAGCGGAAAGUCCCGAGACGGAGAGCAACCUGCCCAGGGAAGCGAUGGAUACCGAAGAAGGGGAGUUCAUGGCUUGCAGCCCGGUGGCGCUGGACGAGAGCGAUCCGGACUGGUGCAAAACGGCCUCGGGCCACAUCAAGAGACCGAUGAACGCCUUCAUGGUGUGGUCGAAGAUCGAGCGGCGGAAGAUCAUGGAGCAGUCGCCGGACAUGCACAACGCGGAGAUCUCCAAGCGCCUGGGCAAGCGGUGGAAAAUGCUGAAGGACAGCGAGAAGAUCCCCUUCAUCCGGGAGGCGGAGAGGCUGCGCCUCAAACACAUGGCCGACUACCCCGACUACAAAUACCGGCCGAGGAAAAAGCCCAAAAUAGACCCCUCGGCCAAGCCCAGCGCCAACCACAGCCCGGAGAAAAACACACCCACCGGCGGUGGCGGCGGCAGCAAGAGCGCCAAAAGCGCCAGCAAGAAGUGCAGCAAAGGGAAGUCCUCGUCGUCGUCCACCUCCUCCUCGUCGGCGGCGGCGGCGGCGUCUCCCCCCAAGGCCGGGACCAAGCUGGCCCCCCACCCCCCGGGCGACUACGGCGGCGAGGACUACCCCCCCUUCGGGCCGCUGAAAGGGAGCGGCAAGGCGGCGGUCAAGUGCGUCUUCCUGGACGACGACGACGAGGAGGAGGAGGACGACGACGAGCUGCAGCUCCGCAUCAAGCACGAGGAGGACGACGAGGAGGACGACGACGAGCCCCCCCACCCGCCGGGCCAGCCGCUGCGGCGCUACAACGUCGCCAAGGUCCCCGCCAGCCCCACCUUGAGCUCCUCGGCCGAGUCCACCGAAGGGGCCAGCCUCUACGAGGAGGUGCGCGGGGGCGGCGCCGCCUCGCACGCCGCCGCCGCCGGCCCCCGGCUCUACUACGGCUUCAAGAGCAUGCCCAAGAGCGGCCAGCAGGCCAGCCUGUCCCCGGCUUCCUCGCGGUCCAUCUCCACCUCCUCCUCCUCCUCCUCUUCUUCCAGCAGCGGCGAGGAGGCGGACGACCUGAUGUUCGACCUGAGCUUGAAUUUCUCGCAGCACACUCACGCCGCCUCGGAGCAGCUGGGCGUCAGCUCGGCGGCGGGCAACCUGUCCCUCUCGCUGGUGGACAAGGAUUUGGAUUCGUUCAGCGAGGGCAGCCUGGGCUCGCACUUCGAGUUCCCCGAUUACUGCACCCCGGAGCUGAGCGAGAUGAUCGCGGGCGACUGGCUGGAGGCGAACUUUUCCGACUUGGUCUUCACUUACUGAGAGCGGCGAGAGCGAGGGGGCCGGAGCCGGCAGAUGGGGGAACAAACCGCGGGCAGGCGAACAAGCGGGAAGAGAGAGGGAGAGAGAUCAAAAGGACUGUGCGCAAGAAAAAACAAGAAGAACAAAUCGGUAAAGGAAAGAUGAUGCUAGUGAUAUAUGCUUAAAAGUGGUGGAGUUUUGAAGUGAAGUCAAAUGUCUUGGGGUUUUUUCUUUUCUUUUUCUUUCUUUCUUUUUUUAAGCCGAAGUUAGUUCCAAACCGAGUCUGGAGUUGUGAUUUUUUUUUCCCCCUUCUGAUUUUUUUUUCCUCCCAUUUUUCUUUUUGUUUUGUUUUUAAACUGGUGAUCACAACAAGAGCAGCAAGGAGUAAAGGCAAAUCGGACUGGGUGUUCAAAGAUACAGAAAGCGCUGUUUGAAGCUUGUCGGUCUUGUGAUUGAAGUCUGGAAGAUGGUCUGCAAAAAAAAAAAGUCUUUUGGCAGCACAACUGUUACUCAAGGGGGUUCGUGGAUUUUUGUUUCUCCGGCAGAGAUUUGAAAGGACAGUUCUGAUUUUUUUUUUGACGUUGUUAAAGGGACCAUUGCAACUUUUUUGUUUGUUUGGAGGGAGAAAACUGAUGUCUUCUAUGCAUCCGAUUCUUAACAAAGCUGCAGGGAGCUUGAAAAAAAAUGCAGACUGUACAAACGCUUACAAAAAACAAAAACUGUGAACUGACUUAAGAUCAGAGUUUACUUUUCAGAUCAAAUUGUUUAUGGUUUUACAAUGUGAUUUCUACUUGCCAACUUUUUUUUUGUAACUUGUUCCCUUAUACCUCCUUGAUUGAAUACCAGACAGCCUAGACCUCAGUACACAAAGGUAUUGAAACAUUUUUGAUACAUAACAGACCUCAGUCUUUUUUAAAAAUUAAUAUAUUUUCAGGCGUAUUUUUGUACAGUGAAAGGGAACAUUCUUGCUGUGUUUUUUUCAGUAAGACUUUUCAGGCACUUCUUCCCUUUUAUUUUUUUUAUUUUUUAUUUUUUUUCCUCUGUUUUUAGCAUGCAAGUUAUAUGGGUACGUUUAUGUCCUGGUUUUAAAAGGAUUAAAAAAAUCCUUGCAUCUAAAGGCCUUGUGGUUUUAAAAAAGAAACAAAACACUUUUUUGUACAGCUAUAGUUCAGAUUUGUUCAAUAUUUGUAGGUAAAGAUUUAUUGGAAAUGGUGAUAUAGACCUCAGAGCUGUUAUCUUAGUUUAAAAGAUUGUAUAUGUACUGUACUAUAGUAGGAAUUUAUGUAUCUCAUACGCUGUGAUAUGUGGAUGGGGCCCAGAUGGAAGGUAUGAAACUGGAUUCUCUACUCUUUUUUAGCAAAAAAAAAUGAAAUGGGGAAAAAGAAAGGCACAUUGAAAAAGGAAAAAGUUUCUCAUUUUGUGCAAUAUGAUUCUUAAAAGUACAGACCAUCUGCAUAUUUUGUAGCAAAUGAUGGCAAAAAAGCAGACUUGUGCACUGUCAACACCAUUGCCUGUUUUUUUUUUAAAAAAAAUGCUGAAAGUCUGUAUCUUGACAAUUUUUAAUAAAUCAGCUGGAACUGAUAGAAACUC